AUGCUGCUGCUGGUUCUGGCACCCAAGGCUUGGCACAGGCUCUCUCAUCUGAAGCCCCCAGCCCUCGUUUGGACCCCGGGAGGCAAGGCCAGACAUGUGAGGUGUCGGCUCCUGUCAAGGCAGGGCCCUGGAGACACAGGCAGGCAGAGCCGGCCCCAGGGCCCCGGGCUUGGAACUAGGCUGUUGAUCACCGCCUUGUUUGGGGCUGGGCUGGGUGGGGCCUGGCUGGCUGCCAGGGCUGAGAAGGAGCAGCGGCGGCAGCAACAGCGGACAGAGGCCCUGCGCCAGGCGGCUGUGGGCCAGGGUGACUUCAGCCUGCUGGACCACCAGGGACGGGCUCGCUGCAAAGCCGACUUCCGGGGUCAGUGGGUGCUGAUGUACUUUGGGUUCACUCACUGCCCCGACAUCUGCCCAGACGAGCUGGAGAAGUUGGUGCAGGUGGUACGGCAGCUGGAGGCUGAGCCCGGCCUGCCCCCGGUGCAGCCUGUCUUCAUUACUGUGGACCCCGAGCGGGACACCGUCGCAGCCAUGGCCCGCUACGUACAGGACUUCCACCCACGGUUGCUGGGCCUGACCGGUUCUGCUGAGCAGGUGGCCCGAGUGAGCCGCAGCUACCGAGUGUACUACAGCGCGGGCCCCAAGGACGAGGAUCAGGAUUACAUCGUGGACCACUCCAUUGCCAUCUACCUGCUCAGCCCUGACGGCCUCUUCACAGACUACUACAGCCGGGCCAGAUCAGCAGAGCAGAUCGCAGACAGCGUGAGGCGCCACAUGGCUGCCUUCCGCAGCGUCCUGCACUGA